GGUAAACUGGUCUGUCCGUCACGCCCCAUGCACACACACCGCCUGUUGUCUGUACCGUCGGAUCCACCAAUCGACCCAAUCAAUUGACCGAGAAUGAUAUGACCCCACCCAUCUUCACAGGCACCGCACCCAGCCACGUCCCCUAUGCAUAGCUGCCUCCUCGCUCACUCCCUGGCACCUGUUCGCCCGUUAUGUACCUCUUUAUAAUAGAGAGAGGAUUGAACGUCCACGUGGACGCUCGUGGGCUUAAGCACGUGCGUGUGGCACUGACAAACUUAUUUCUCUAUAUCUUUAUCCAAAUCUCUCUCUCUCUCUCUCUAUCCUUCCGUUGUCUAUAAAUGUGACCCUUCUUCUCAUACACAUAGACCUCUCUCUGCCUGCCUGCCUGCCUGCCUGCGUGUGUGCGUGUGCACUUGUGCUGGAGUGACGGGUAGGACAGACUGACGGAUAGCGCUGCCGCGUGGCCGAUUGAUGAAUGAAACGCAUAAACAAAGACGACGUGUUCAAUCCACCCACUCGACCAUGCGACAUCAAUCGCAUCGAUCCUCCGUGCAGUUGCCGCAUACGAACGAAACACACAAGUCCUUGCAGCCCCACGCUCUCAUUGACAGCAAGCUGGUCAGUCAGCGGAGGCCGAUCUCUCUGGCGGCAGACAACGCUCUGAAGGAAUUACGUACGUGACAUGCGCAUAUCGACACACUGUGUGUCUGUGUGUCGAUAUGCGCUGUGUGUCUGUGUGGUGUAUCUACCUUUGUCGAAUGGUGGGCGAGUCUGUGAGGAGCUCCUCCAGCCGCAUGCGGUCGCCAAGGCAGAAGUCGUCGGCCCACCGCACCACCUGCAGCGCAGCCAGCCAGCCACAAUGUCAUGUGCUCACAUCCAUCCAUCCAUCCAUAUCUCCCCUCUCUCUUAGCGUGGGUGUCAUUUAGGUACCUCUUGCUGCAUGAAGCCAGGGUCGUGGUCAUAGCCUGUCAGCCAGGAGCCACACAAGACAGACAGACAUGUAUACCAUCACACGACUGCACUUGCCCCCCCCAGCCACCUGUGUGUGCGUCGUAGUCUGGGUGCAGCCGUCUGAUCUUCGGAUGGGCCGACAGGGGGAAACCGCUCCGCUCACGCACACUGAACUCGUGCUGCAACACACAAUACAAUACACCCAGUACAAUACACCCAAUGGCACACACACACGUGUGUGUCAUGGUGGCUUGCUGACCUCUGCUGCCAGUGGUUUGAAGAAGCCAUCGACGAGAGACGCCGCGACCGAAUUGAUCGACUUGACACACACAGCCAAAGAGACAGACAGUGUCUGCACUCAGGUGGAUGGGGGACUGGUGGGUGGCUGCUGUUGUCACCUCACCGGGUGUGCCCAUUGUGGCGGGUAGUAGUACUUCUCCGACUCGCGUGUCAGUGAGGCGCGGAGGCCCUCCAACAGGUCGGGAUGAAGCUGAGGAGGACACCAGAGGCAUGUGAGAGUGUGUGCGUGAUGCAUGGCCAUCCAUCUGAAUGCGUGUGUGCAUACCAUGAGUCUGUGCAGUACUCGUGUUUCGAGUGUGAGUGCCUCCGUGAGGCAUCGCUCCUCUAUAGCCUCGUACAUCUGGACAAGGGAGUCCUCCUCAGCCGUGGAGGGCAGCCGCCGGCUGAUCCUCACCAUCCUGAUCGACCAAGGCGCCACAGCCACCCCCACACAAACCAUUAAAAGCCCUCUCUCUCUCUCUCUCUCCCUUCUUGCCUUUUCCACUCGUCCGCCAUGACGCCUGUUUCGGCCAUCAGAGAGUGGCGCAGCCGCUGCACACGACGGACCAGCUCAAACGUCAGCUGACGCCACACACACACACACACACACACACAUACACACACACAUCGCCCCCCGACCCACGAUGUCUGCCUGUGCUCACCUGCAUUGCCAGUGGUGAGUUCUCCCUCAUCUGUUGGAGUGUGUCCUGCGCCCAGACAGCCACAGUCUUGUCGCUGUAGGCCGUCGUGGCCAGCCUCUCCAGGUGCCGCUCCACAUCAACCAGCUGCACACACGAGCCACACAGAAAACACCCAUUAUGACACGUACACACAUGAAUCGUGUGUGUGUGUGCAUGCUUGUGCCGCCCUGCACUGGCCCCCUCGUAGCUGCCUAUCUGUGGCUGUCUAUGAGAGGGCAAAGCACAUCAGGGGGGCUGAGGGUCUGUGUGGCAGGCUCUUAGUGCGCUCCAGCACACAGGGCAACACGAGGAGCGAGUGGAUUCCUGCACUCCUGGCUGGCUGUCUAGCCCUCUGCCUCUCUGGCUGUGGGUGGUGUGUGGAUGCUGACCGAGUCUCUCUGUGCGAGGGCUUUGUUGAUCUCCUGCUCCCACCGGGCCAGCUUGAAGCCAUCUGCCAGACACACGGAGAGAGAGAGAGAGGCGGUGAGAUGGUGCUGGUCUGCCGCUGUGUUUGAGUAUUGCACCUACCUGUUCUCUGGUCGUGUGGCGAUGUGGGGUUGAUGAAGUGCUCCUCCAGCAAGUGGGCGGCGUCACGCUCAGAGACCUCCAGCUGCUUCUGAUGAAUGACACCAAAGAUGGACACAGGGACACAUACAGACAGACAGCCCUGCAAAGCAAAGGCCGCGUCCCCCUCCCUUUCUCUCUUUCACCUCGGAUGUGAUCUCGAGCAGCGGCAGUGCCUCAGGCGACAUCCAAUGGCGGGCGAGGCCACCGUGGCUGAUCGAUACGCACGCGCAUUCACAGACAGACAGACAGACAGACAAGCAAGAAGGUGUGGCCCACACCGCCGCCCCCCUACAUGAGGUCGGUGCCUCUGAGCGUCUCCCCCGCAAGCGCCACAUAGAGCCCCAGGCCACUGCUCAUCCUCGACAGCACAUAAGACAACCCACACGUGGGAAUGAAGCCCCAGCCUGACAAACACGACACGGCCGUGUGCAGGCGGGACGCAUUUGGUUGUCUGUGUAUGUGCGUGGUCACUUGCGGUGUCGGUCUUGAAUGUCGAGUGGUGGUAUGCGCAGCUGCGGUUGGCCAGCAGCGGCCACGAGGCGCCUGCGUCCUCUGUGAGCGACACACACAUCAUAGAACACCACAGGGAGGCAGGCAGGUGUAAUGGUAUUGUGUUGUGUUUGCGCAUCUGUACCAGCGUAUCCGUUGAGGAGGAACAGGAGUGGCUUGUAGUACGUUGCCACCAUGUAGCUCACUUCCUGGGAGUUGCGUAUCCACGCCGCAGCGCUGGGCAGCACCUCACCCUCCACCACACACGACUCGGCCAACAGCAGCAACACUGCAGGGACAACAGACCGCCAUGCCCUCUGCCCUCCCCCAACAAGCCACGCUUACUUUUCUUGUCGAUCCCGAGUGAGAAAUACGGCCUCGUCAGGCGAACGCUGGUGGGCUCCCCGGUGUCCCAGUCAGUGCCCAUGUCGCCGCCCUCCCCAAUGAGGGAUGCAUCUGGUGGCCGCACGUAGCCGUCAUGCAGCGAGUGGAUGGGGGGGACGGGGGAGGACUGGUCGGUGACGCUUCUGUGCUGGGUGGUGGAGGUGACGGCCACGAAGCGCUUCAGUGAGUGGACCUGCAGCGGGCAGAAGACAGAGAGAGGAAAGGAAAGAUUGAUGGAUGGAUGGAUGCUCUGUGGAUGUGAUGACUGCACGAGCUCUACGUCCUUGUUGCGUUGCGGACCUCAAGAUCUCUCAUCUUUCUGUAGAGCAUGUUGACGCUGCGCAGGUCCCAAGUGUCACUGACCCACAAGGAACGCAUCGACGCAAGAGGACCGACCCAUCGAUCAUGUGCUCCUAUCCUCCCUCACGUGUUGAUGAGCAGCAUGCCCAUGCCCACGUUGUUCCGUUCCAGCACUGGUGCCCUCAUGGUCCCGUCGUCGGCAUGCUGAUACUCGUCAACCGAACGAGCAAACUGAAUGAACAACAGAGGCAAACAAUGCACAGACACACAGCGAUGCUGUCGCUUUCUGGCUGACCAGAGGGUCUUCGGGGUCCACAAAGUGAUCAUCUUGACGGAAGAACCCGGUGCGGACCCACCGAACGGCGCCACUGCCAGCCAUGCGCCUCAUACCACUCAGGGCGCUGCCAGCAGAGGGAAGGAAAAAUGGGGGAUCUGAUGGUCGCGGCACGCUUGGCUGCCGCAGCGACGCAAUGGCUGUCCUCGCAGGCCUCAUAGAGCUGGCCAUAGAAAACCUCCCAAAGCCGCCUCGGAUGAUGAGCUUCUUUUUGGAAGAUCUGUCUACU